GCCGGAGUAGUCGACGCCGCGUCCCGCCGCGUCGCGUCGGAGCAGCUCGGUUGCGGACGGAAACAGCCGAUCAGUCCGCGGCGCGGCGCGUGUGCGUCCGUGGUGUCUGCGCAAACCGUCGCACGCUCACCAGUUUCUUGUUGUUGUCGGCGAGCGCGCCCCACCGCCGUGACUCUGUGCUCUCGAGUUUCGGGCAAGUUACCGUAAAGUUGCUAGCGACCAUGGCGACGAGUUACUCGAGAACUGGAUUGCAUGUCCUGUUUCUGUGCGCCAUCUACCUCACCACAGAGGCGACCUUCACGGUGGAGCUGGUGAUGCCCCGGUACGUGUACCGCGGCCGGUCGGCCGUGCUGCAGUGCAACUACAGCGUGCACCUCGACGUCAUCCACAAGGUGGAGUGGCUGCGCGGCGAGAAAAAGCUCUUCCAGUUCAUACGGGGCCGGUCGCCGCCCUUUAAGGAGCACCACGUCCACGGCGUGCACAUCGACAGGAACCGCAGCGACGAGCGGCAGCUGGUGCUCAGGGACGUGCACUUCAACGCGCAGGGCCCCUACUCGUGCGAGGUGUCCACGCUGACGCCCAUCUUCACGCGCCGCUCCGAGGAGAAGCAGCUCACCGUCAUACAGCCGCAGACGCGCGCCCCCGUGGUGCGGCUGAACCGGCCCCACUACCGGCCCGGGGACACGCUGAGGGCCAACUGCAGCUCAGGGUCCGCCAAACCCGCGCCCCACAUCGUCUGGAUCGUCAACGGCGCUUCCGAGCACGGAGGCCGGCAGAACGACUCGUACCACCCGGGCGCGGGCGGCGGCCACCUGUCGCGCUCGACGUCCCAGCUGUCGCUGCUCAUCACCGAGGACCACGCGGGCACGCUCACCAUCACCUGCCGCGCCUCCGUGCCCGGAUUCGUCAUCGGCCCGCAGCGCGACAUCGUCGACACGCAGGAGCACACGCUCAAAGUGGAGGUGGAGGUGCCCCGCCAGGCUAGCUGCGCCAGCUGCGGUUGCCUGCUGGCCUCGCCGCUGCACCUGUUGUGUCUGGUCGCCCUGCUACACCGAUGACCUCUCUACGUCAAUUAGCAGCUCGCAAUCAUAGCUAGCGAACCUUUUGGAUGAUGCAAGUGUCGUUUUAUUUGUAUUUUUCCAGACGUGGUUAGACGUAUACAUUUAUACAUGGAUGGAUGUAAAUACCCGGCUUUUUUAUAACUGGAGCUUACUAUAUAAUUUUAAUAAUCGGCGGGAAGAACAUAACUUUUUACAUGUAAAGCAUUCCUGCGUGAUAUACAGUAAAAGGGUGGUUCUUCUGAGCAUUUACAAGGUAUAUCUUUCACGGUUCCAUAAAAUUUCUCCAAAGGAGAAACAUCCUCAUCCGAAGGAAUACGUAAAAGUUUCUGCAUAAGGGUGAGAUUAUUUCUUGCUCGAGUAUGACGAUACGGAGCCUGUCGCUUUUAGAAUUGUUGAUGUGAAUAUCUUUUGCUACAAACUGUCUUCAUCUGUAAUACUGACUGUCGUUAGGAACUAAUCAGACGAGCUUAAUCUGUCAAUUCCUGUUGUAAUUUUUAGUUGUUAACCCGGAGAACAAUCAAAAAAAUGCGUCGUCAACGUCAGACAAAAUUUCAGUUUCGUGCAGUUUAUAACAGCAGCCGUAUUCCGAGAAAGAUUUUGUAAAGUUUUGCUUCACUUUUCUGUCCAUAGGUCACAUAGUCAUGCCAUCUCUUACACCACACACUUCCUCUUUUUCGCAUUUUAGUGUCAGUUGACAGUUCAAUGAACCAUACCAUUUUGAAAUACGCUUGGUCGGUUGCAGUUAUUUCAUAUGUUGCUAAAUGUUGUCACGAAACAAAACGUUUCUCACUUUUGUGCAACACGUCACCAUUUUAUGAACUUUCUUAUGAUCCUAGACGGAAUGUAAAAGAGAUCCGUGUACCAGUUAGCUACUUACAAGCUGACAGCAUCUACUAGUCCCCAUUGAUUUUGGCCAGAUUUGUCGUAUACGCAGGGCUUGGGCAGUAAGUAAACUAACAGAAGUAGGAACUCCAUUUGGCCAUGCGUUUAGAAAAAAAGUGGAAUUUUUGGUGCGGCUCGGGCGAGGCAUCAACCAUUUGUAUGGCAAAAGAGUCCAGGCACCAGUUAGCGCAGUGGGAUAAAUACACAACGUUAAUCCCAGAGCUCUGGUGUCGAGUCCCUGUACAUAGGACCUUCUUUUUCUGUUUAGUUAGUACAUAACUUAUACCGCAGAUAAACUGAAAUAAUGCUCAAUAUGAUGUUUUUUAUUGAUACUUUCACAAAAUAGGACGGCAAACAACCACACCAAGAAGGGAUGCCGUCGUGAAGUAUUAAUAUUAAAGUGUUCCCCCUAAGUGCAUUCCGCUAGUGCAGUCUUGCGGUGUGUGUUUUUAUUGUCAGGUAAAGAAUUCGACCAAAAAGUUUAAAACUGCUCUUACCUUAACGAGGGAGGGAAAGAUACGACAUCCCAAGAAAACUGCCUCAAAAUACAUCACCAGAUAACUGCGCCAAUACUUUGCGAAAUAACGCAUUACACGUGGUUUGCUGCCAAACUUGCUAUGAGGGAGAAACUUUCACGAAUGUAAACCAAGUUUGUUUUCCUACAGAAACUUUAAAUAAACACGUAACUGUAGAAUGCAGCUUCUCCAACGUGUGAAAUAUACUGAGAAAAUCACUGCUUCUCCUGUUGUUACGACGUACAUUAACUCAGCACUUGUAAACCAUCAGCUAUAAAAUAGUAAAAAUGUCUAAUGUUGUAUACAAAGUUCUCGAGUACGCCUUACGGUUUCUUCCUGGAAAUUUACGUACCAUCCAAAAUUUUCCUAUACGCUUCCUUUUCAUACUUUUCUGAAAAUAUUAAUAAAGACAAUGUUUCGAGCAUUAUUUAGAUUUAUUUGCAAUGUAAGUAACAUAAAAGUAAAGAAAUGAAAACUCUUCCGCGUAAGAUUUCGACCCCAGACUGCCAAUAUGAUGUCUUUUCGCUACUCCAAACGCUGGCGCCAAACUGCGCUCACAUCUCGAUCUCCCACUGUAAUUACUUUCAUUCUAUGUAAGCCCUGUCUAUAUCAUAAAUAUGGGCAAAAUCGGUGAUAACGAGUAAGCGUGGUUCUCUUGUGACUAAAACAAUUAUUUGUUGUGAAGACGGCGAUGUCAUUUUUAGCCCGCAGGUAACGGUUUUUUUAAAUUGUGUAUCGAUUUGAAGGUCAUAACGUAAGCAAGAAUUGGUGUAUUCAUGGUCCAUAACAUCACUGCGCAAAUGGUAAAACACAUCACCCAUCUUUUCCAUAGAAUCUAGUAACAGGAAAAAAAUGCAGAACGAAAAAUUUACUCGCUUCGUAAAGGAAAAUUAUAGAUUAUGUCUUCUGUUUCUGCUAUUUACUUCAGCAAACGCGUGUUACUUCACUAACUACAACAGUAUUUGGACUUAUGUAUGAACAACGCAUGUUUUGAACAGAGUAGUGGAAUAGAGUGCUUGUGUAAAGUUGAUUUCCAUGUAAUUUUUAAUUGAAAUGUUCAUGUGAAAUAUUGAGCUCAGGGUGCUUUGGUGUGUGCAGAUAUCAUUAUUUGAUUCAGGUGUCAUUAGACUAUAUUUGCAGGCGUUGUUCCUAUAGUUUACAGAAACUUACGAACCAGACUCUUUCUGGUAAGAUUAAGCAACUCAUCAUGCAUUUCAGGCACUAAUGUCUUCCUGUAAACUAAUACAUAUCUUAUAUGAAAAUUGCUUGUCAGAAUGGCAGGUUAAUUAUUUUUAUAACAUUUAUGAACUUUCUUAAGGUAAGAAUAAAAGAGGUGAGUGAACUAGAUAUCGGUUAUUUGAGUAGCAGAGAGUAGCGUACUCUGUGAAUCGAUUUCGUUUCAUUAUUCUCCUCGAGUCACUCGUUACCACAGAGGAGCAUCAAAGCCAAAUUAUCAACUGACUUGUGGCAUUUUGAGUGGCACACUCUGCACAUAUCUGCAAGGCAAUGUGCACAGUUGUCGCGGAGAGCUAUGCCAGCACUGUUUUAGGAAUAAACUGCAAAACAGACUUACGUAACACCCCUAAUAGGUAAUAUCUGGCAUUAGGCGGACGCGCUGAGUCCCAAAUCUUUAUGUGUACAAUGUUAGUAUUUGAUAAUGACACCUUACUUAUUAUUUUUUAAAGAAAAAUCUAUAUUAAAAACCACAACUGCGUGAUCAUGAGCGCCCCACAGUACACUGGAAGACAUAUAUACAUAAGAGAUAAAUAUUAGUAAGCAAAAAUCGUCCACAUAAAUGUGUUUAUGUUUUGUAUAAAUUUUAUCAUUGUUAGUUUAUGUGGAUAUAAAAAUUAUUUAUAUUCGAGAACGUAUUGGGAAAAUAUGUUUCUCUGUGAUACGAUGUAAACAUAUCAAUGUGAAAGUCAUAGCUACCUGUUCAUUAACCUUGAAUUAUAACAAUAUAUAUUACUGAAUAUGUGUCAUUUAUUUCUUUCAACGGCUGUUUGGCUAGAGUAUGACUAGCCUUGCCUUAAUGGGUUUCUCUUGUUAUUAGAAGUAUUUGAGUAUAUAAAUGUGGUGUCAAAGAUUUUUAUUUCUAUAACGUCAUGUAAAUAAAAAUUAAGAAACUUUUUCCACGGAUUGUUUGUAUGGAUAUUUUUCAUCAGCUUCUGAUUUACUGUACAUAUGGAAACCAUGCUUUCGACUAGGAAUUAAGGAACUAUAGUAAUGCCGUGCUUGACGCCUCUAACAUGUGAGCAUUAAAGUGUGUAUUAAACCUC